AGCUACACAGAGAAACCCUGUCUCGAAAAAAAAAAAAAUCAAUAACUGAAUAGGACUUUAAAGAAGGCUAGGAUAGGAAAAAGUGAUGUAGGACAGGGCAAGGGCCUGAGUGACAGACACUGGCCUCACUAUACACAAGGCCAAGCACAGGACAGAUGCUGAGGUCUGUGACAGAUCACUGGGGCUCUGGCUGUGGUAGGGAGAAGAACCCUUUCAUGGAGUGAGUCCACCACUUGGCAGAAAUGAGUGUUCCUUAUUGCAGUGGAGAGACAGCUGUGAGAAUGAGACCAAAGUGGGGGAGAGAAGCAGGAGCAAACAGAUUAAACCCUUCAGGGCCAGCUCCAGCCGUGGAGGAAAUCAAGGAGAAAAUGAAGACGGUGAAACACAGAAUCUUGGUGCUGUCUGGGAAAGGUGGCGUCGGGAAGAGCACAUUCAGUGCCCACCUCGCCCACGGCCUGGCAGAAGAUGGAGACACGCAGGUCGCCCUUCUGGACAUCGAUAUCUGUGGGCCGUCGAUUCCCAAGAUCAUGGGCUUGGAAGGAGAGCAGGUUCACCAGAGUGGCUCCGGCUGGUCUCCAGUGUACGUGGAGGACAACCUGGGGGUGAUGUCUGUGGGUUUCCUGCUCAGCAGCCCUGAUGAUGCUGUCAUCUGGAGGGGACCAAAGAAAAAUGGCAUGAUCAAGCAGUUCCUCCGUGAUGUAGACUGGGGAGAUGUUGACUACCUCAUUGUAGACACCCCACCCGGCACAUCCGAUGAACACCUCUCUGUUGUCCAGUAUCUGGCUGCGGCACACAUUGAUGGGGCGGUGAUCCUCACCACCCCUCAGGAGGUGGCCCUCCAGGAUGUCCGGAAAGAGAUAAGCUUCUGCCACAAGGUGAAGCUGCCCAUUAUUGGUGUGGUGGAGAACAUGAGCGGCUUCAUUUGCCCCAAGUGCAAGAAAGAGUCUCAGAUUUUCCCUCCCACAACUGGGGGUGCAGAGGCCAUGUGCCAGGACCUGAAGAUCCCUCUCCUGGGCAGAGUGCCGCUGGAUCCACUCAUCGGUAAGAGCUGUGACAAAGGGCAGUCGUUCUUUGUUGAAGCCCCAGAUUCACCAGCCACAGCAGCCUACAGAAGUAUAAUUCAAAGAAUCCGAGAGUUUUGUGGUUCUCAUCAGUCACCUAAUGCGAACCUCAUCAGGGGACAGGACCUGCAGGCACAGGUCAGCGGGGGACAGGUGGGGCCGUGGCCAGCAGAUGCUGACAGGAUUUGAAGUCACUUCCUUAAGACUUUAAUCACCUAUCUGCCUGUCCUCCAGAUCAAAGGUAUAGGUACUCUGCAUACAGGUGCCAUUCAUCGUAAAAUAAAACUGUCUCCUUGAACCGG